ACUUGUUUACCAUUUGAAUAUCCCAUUUUACUCUUCCUUAGCUAGAAACAAAAAGGAAUAGUAUCCGAAUCUUUACAUGGAAACCGAACAUCUAAAUAUCAAAAAGGAGAAAGGAUUCUUGUGGCCACGCCCAAGUCCUAAAGCAACAAGAAAAGUCCUAACCUCAGAAAAGAAACCCUAACGGAAGAGAGAAUGUCUUCUCCAACCAAACGCCGAUCCAUGGAUUUCAUGAACCUAUCUCUUUUUCUUUUCAGUUUUUUCAUUUCUCAAUGUCUGACUAAUUCCUGCGUGUUAGAUUUAUGUGAAUCAGGAUGAUGGCUGAUUACAAGGCCGAGAUGAUGAAUGAUGGCAUGCAAGAUUUCUUUCUGGAAUUUCACCGACCUAAACACAAUCCUUAUCAGGAAGGUGCGUGGAAGAUAAGAGUGGAGCUACCUGAUGCUUGUCCUUACAAGUCUUCUUCUAUUGGUUUUGUCAGCAAAAUCUACCAUCCUAAUGUUGAUGAAAUGUCUUGUUCAGUUUGCUUAGAUGUUAUUAAACAGAAUUGGAUUCCAAUAUUUGGCAAGCAUUAUUAACAAGUAACCUAUAGUACCCGACUUAUAUUGAUGUUGACUUAAGAAUAUUACCCAAAAUGCACUUGCUAUGCAUUUACUUCAACCUUGUUUAAUUAUUAGUUUUGCCAUCCUAGGUUUUUCUCAUUUUCAUUCAGAUCUUGUUAAUGCGUUCGAAGUGUUUCUUCCUCAUCUCAUUAUAGACCCCAAUGCAUCAGAUCCAUUGGAUGGUGAUGCCGCUGCCUUGAUGAUGCGAGACCGUGCUGCAUAUGAGUUAAAGGUAGUAAUCCUUGUUAAGCUUCUACUGUUAUAUACCUAGGUAAUUAAUGUUACACAUAUAAGAGUUUCUUCACUAUUGUUGACCACAAGUACUCGUCGUUUUCAAUCGGAGUGAGAUGGCACCAAUUGGUAAAUAAAAAAUUUGAAGGCUCAAGAUUGUGCAAAGUGAUAUAUGUUCCAUAUCAAAUGCUUCAACUCCUACCCAACACCUAAUAAGUAAUGCAUCAACUCCCACUCCAUAAACCAUUAGAGUUCGGAUGUCUUAUGUUCUCACUUGCUGACACACAUGUCAGCUGCAUCAACACACUUAUCCUAGUUAUAUGUGCUAUAAGCUUUUGGAUUUGGAUUCAUAUUGGGGGCUAAAGCAUUGUUAUUUUCUUAUUGGGGUGCUAAUGGGAAAUUAGAUUUUUAAUUUUUUUGAUGUGAAUACACUAAUUCAUUUUUUACAAAGCAAUCAUGGAUUGUGUAGAAAAAACAACCACCAAUCGUCGUCCUACUAGGUAGAUUCUGCUAUAUGGAUCAAUUGAUGCCAUGAAGUCAUGUCAUGUAUUGACACAUAGUUUAGAUUGAUCGUAUUCUGUUUAUUUAUAAUUUUCUUUAUAUACUAUAGUUUUGACUUAUAGUUGAGCUAAUUGGAGCGGGCUUUAUCUAGCUAGAAAAAAAUAUGGACCCGAGGUAUCUAAUUAGUAACCCUAGUAAUUUAUUAUCAUCAUAAAUUAGAAACCCUAGUAGUUUAUUAACAUCUUAAAUUGGAAAUCCUAAUAUUUAAUUAGCAUUAUUAAGUGAAAAUAUUGACAAUCAUUAACUAGUUAGGUUACCACGAACUAUUGUGAGGAGUGCUUCAAAGGAGAAGAGACUUCACGUAUUUUGAACAUGAGAUGAGACAAUUUUAAUUUAGAGAUUAGGUAUGACAAUUCUUUAAAAAAAUUAUCCUUUGAAAGGAGGAAUACCUAGAAAAGCUACAAGAGAAGCUAUUAAGAAAGAC